CCCGCCGCCCCCCGGGACCUGCGGAAGGAGGUCCGCGCGGCCUCUCCCGACCCCCGGAAAGAGGUGAACCCCGAGAGGGCGGAGCCCCCCGGGCAGGACCGCGGCGCCCAGGAGCCGGGGCCGGGGCCGGGGCCGGGGCCUUGGAGGGACGCCGAGGACAGGAGGGGCGUCCCGGCGCCCCCGUCCUGGUUCCAGCGGGGCCAGCACCCGGGCGGGAGCUUCGGGCUCAAGCACGGCCUCACCACGUACAAGAUCGUGCCCCCGAGGUCCGACCGGCGCUGCUACGACCGCGGCGUGUCGCUGUCCACGGGCGCCAUCGCCAUCGACGAGCUGGGCAACCUGGUGGCUCCCCCCGGCGGCAGGGGCCGGACCGCGGCCGUGGCUCCUCAGAAGGACACGCAGCCGCCGGGCCACGGGCGGGCGCUGCCCGGGCCCGGCUCCCCCUCCACGGAGGAGCUCCCGGGCCGGCCCCCGGCCACCCCAGCCACGGCCACGGCCACGGCCACGGCCACGGUGCAGCGCCCAGCGGGCGACCUCAGGGCGGAGCCCGGGCCCCCGGCGCCCGCGGGGACGUCACCCCAGCAGCCGGCUGCCGGCCAAGGCCAAGGCCAAGGAGAGGGGCCGUGUCCCCAGCCCGGGGCCCGCCCGGCGCCGCCGGCCGCCGCUGGUCCCACGAAGGUCCUGUUCCUCAAGCCGCAGCGGAGGACGUCCAGCCAGUACGUGGCCUCGGCCAUCGCCAAGCGCAUGGCGCCCCCCAGAGCCCAGGCCAGUGCGCCGGGCAGGCCGGGCGGAGCCAGGAAGCCCUGGGAGGACGGACCGCCUCGCGCCCGGAGAGACGCCGCGGCCCCCGGCCCGCGCCCGGGGCCACAUGCGUGCACAGAGGAGACGGAGGCCGGCGGGGGAGGGGGAGAGCUGGCAGAGCGGGCAGAGCCGGCAGAGCCGGCAGAGCCGGCGGCCGGAGCCCGGCCCCGGGGCCUGGGGAUCAGCCCUCCCGGGGGGCCGUCCGCUCAGGACUGUGCUGCGGGCGCCCCCCGGGGGCCCGCCGUGCCCUUUGCCACCGCCGCCCGGAGGAACCCCGGGCCCGUGGGACCCGGCUGUGGUUCCGGUGGAAACCAGAACACCAGCUGCGCCUGGGCCCGCACCGGCCCGCCGGACGGCACCAGGAGCCCCCCGCCCUGCCCGGGGCGCGACCCGGCCCCCGGCUGGGCCCUGGCGAACGGCUCCCGGUGGGCCCCCGAGCACAGCGAGCCCCCCGCCUCCCCGAGGGCCGCCGGUGACAGCCCCCCCGAGGCCAGCCCCCCGGCCGAGCUGGAGGGGCGGCCCGGGGUGCUGUGCACGGAGAUCCGGGGGGACGACCCCCCGUCCCCCAGCAUCUUCGGGCCCAAGAAGAGGUUCCGGCCUGUGGUCCAGCGGCCGGCGCCCAAGGACACCUCCCUGCACAGCGCCCUCAUGGAGGCCAUCCACUCGGCCGGCGGCCGGGACCGGCUGCGCAAGACGCCGGAGCCCAGGCUGGAGGAGGGGCCCAAGAAGCCGUCCUACGUGGAGGCGGAGAGCGAGCACUCGGCCCUGCUGGCGGCCAUCCGGGGCCACCGCGGCGCCUGCAGCCUGCGCAAGGUGGCGUCCUGUGCCUCCGAGGAGCUCCGGGGCUUCCGCGAGGCGGCCACGGCCACGGCCACGGCCACGGCCACGGCCACGGCGCCCGUCAGAGCCCCCGGCAGCCAGCCCGCCCCCGCCCCCGCCCCGCCGCCCCCGCCCGCUCCGGCUGCCCCGGCUGCUCCGCCCACCGCCAGGACCGCGCCCAGGGCCGGCGCCGGCGCCCUCGGCUCCCCGGUGGACGCCAGGCAGGCCUUGAUGGACGCCAUCCGCUCGGGCACCGGGGCGGCCAGGCUGAGGAAGGUGCCCUUGCUCGUGUGAGCCGGCCGCGCACCCGCACCGGGACCCGGGCAGAGGCCCAGCAGCCACGCGCGAGGGGCCGGGACGCUCCUGCCGCCCGCCCGCCGGCUCCCCGGGAGGGCGCGGCCCAUGGGCGCCCGUGCCAAGGAGAUGCACCGUCUGCCUCUGAGUGUUCUCGUUGCCAAUAAACGCUCCCCGUGGGCAGGU